AUGUUCUCUAUCUUAGCAACGGUCCUACUCAUGGCCGUAGUAUCGGCAGAAUCCUCAUCUGUCCGCAUUUACUCCUCGAAUCCGAGCGGGCUGAUGCGGGACUACGAGUACCAUGGCAACGGCUACGUAGCUGCGAAGCCCGUGAGCAGCUACGCCGAUAUCGGCAGCGGUGGCUCGCCUUACGCCAAAAUCGACUCGCGCUACUCCACCGACAGUACGAGCGACAGUGCCGAUCUACGUGCGACCAGCGCCAACGGUGGUAGCAGCAGCACGGGAGGGGCAGGCAGCACCGGCGGUAGUUUCUACAAGAGCAAGUACGGAAGCGAGGCUGUCGUCAACUCUCUGCGCCCAACUUACCCCGCCGGCUCGUCCUCGAGCUCCGGUUCGUCGUCCUCGGGUGACCCGUCCUCACCCGGCCAGCAGGUGCAGUACAGCAGCGUGGACUACACCGCGAACGCGGCCUCUGGCGCCCCCUCCUCCUCUUCCUCCGCUUCUUCGGGUGACUACUCGAGCAACGGGGGCUUCUCUGGCAGCUACGGCGAUCGCAGCCAAGAGUUCCAUCAGGGCCACCAGCAACCGCACCCUUCCUACUCUAGCGGGGCUGGUGAUCUGGAGUACCAUCAGCAGAGCAGGCCGGCCAGUUAUCUCGGCAACUACGCCGGCAGUCCCGGGCUCCCGGAGUACGCGCCGUCCCGGCCAACGAGCUACUCGCACGGCGGUCUCAGUGGAUCCGUGUCCUCGUCGUUGUCGGUGGCCGAUUACCCGGGGAGCAGCAGCAGCGGGCACCGCCACCACCCGACCACCUCCAGCGGCUUCUCCCUGCCCGAGGAUUACUCCUCGGGUGGCAUCAUCCACGGCCAGGCCCACGGUCAGCCCCCCCUACCGCCCAUGAUGCCCUACAUGAAGACCUACCUCAUGAGCAGCGGACCAUCCUCCUCCUCCAGCUACCCCAGCAAGUACCAGUCCGUCUUCGGAGCCAUCAAGAGCUUGUUCAGCGACGCCUCGACCAGCGCCAGCCACCUGCCCCCCUCCGCUUCCUCCCUCAUCGCUGCCGCCUCCUCUCCCUCCUCGCCCUCGGGCUACUACUCGGCCGGCGCUCCCCAUGCCCCGGUGGCCAGUCCAAGCGGUUACUACCUCAGCUCUGGGGCUGGGCCGUCGAGUUUGGGCUACACAAAGAGUUACCCGUCGAUGCGCCUAGUCUCGAGCUACGGGGCCACCGGUAACACCGGUAUGGGAGGCAAGAUCAUCGUCGUCCGCGAGAGCCCAGCUGGUGGUCACUCACCGAGCUAUCACCCGUCCAGCGGGGCAGGUCUCGCUCUCGGCUCGGGUCCCUCGUACCCCGUCAAGGCCAGCCGAGUCUCGGCCUUUGCGUCCGCCCCCUCUGGACACCCUGCCUACGUCUCCGGAGCCCCGAGCUCCAUGAGCUACACGCACAGCUAUCCCGGCAGCUACUCGAGCGCCUCUAGUUUUUCCGGUGGACACGGAGGUAGUCCUUUUCUCGGGUACUCGGCGUAA